UCUCCUCUUACACUCACCAUGGCCACCAACCUCCUCCUCCUCGCCCUCAUCGCCGACUCCUAUGCAGGCAGCAUUGUUGUCUACUGGGGCCAAGGCGGCAAUGAUGAGGGCACCCUCACCGACACCUGUGCCAGCGGCCUCUACUCCUACGUCAACCUCGCCUUCCUCACCACAUUCGGCAACGGUCAGACCCCUGUCCUCAACCUGGCAGGCCACUGCGACCCCAAAGCCGGCACAUGCUCCAGCCUCACCUCCGACAUCCAGAAUGAUAGAAUUGAAGAAUUUCAAAUAUAUCUCCUCGGCGGCGGUGGCUCCGGCAGCUACUCCCUCUCUUCCGCUGACGAUGCACAGAACGUCGCCAAAUACCUUUGGGACAACUUCCUUGGCGGCAGCUCCUCCUCUCGCCCCCUCGGCGACGCCGUCCUCGAUGGCAUUGACUUCGACAUCGAGGCGACCAACGGAGACUUCUUCGACGACCUUGCAGAGUAUCUGGCGCAGUUCAGCAGCCAGGGAAAGAAGGUCUACCUCACGGCGGCACCACAGUGCCCGUACCCCGACGCGCACCUCAACACGGCGCUGCAGACCGGGAUUUUCGACUAUGUCUGGAUCCAGUUCUACAACAACCCACCGUGCCAGUACUCCCCGGGGAGCAUCGACAAUUUGACUGGUGCGUGGAGCACCUGGAUAUCGAGUGUGACGGCGACCAAAUUUUUCUUGGGCUUGCCGGCGUCGCCGGAUGCGGCCGGGAGUGGGUACAUUCCACCCGACGUGCUGACUUCUCAGGUGUUGCCGGCAAUUGAGGGCACGGCUAAGUACGGUGGCAUAAUGAUGUGGAGCAGAUACUACGAUGUGGUUAACAACUACAGUGCCACCGUGAAGAGCAGCGUUUGA